AUGGCGGGGAAAUCUGAUGCGGAGCCGUCGGUGGCGCGGUCGGCUGAUGCCUCUUCCGAGGAUAUCGGUAGGAUCCCUCGGAUCAAAAGGCUACCCGUCAGGGACUUCGAUGAUCUCGAGAAAGAGACUAAGAAGCACAACAGUGCACCUGCCGUUUCUUCGGAGGAAAAGCCGCCGCAAGAUGUGUUCCUGCUGAAGCAGGAGGAUCCGGAAUCGAGCCCGGUUCCUAUAAAGCUGGUGGCGCUGCCGCCCAAAGAGGUCGUAAAGGUUAAGACAGAGCCACGGGAUAAGCUGGCCAUCACGGAGGAUAUCGUCGAGCCUAUAGACCGGUGGUGGGAGAAGGUGGACAAGGACUUCGACAUUGAGAAAAUUCUGAAGUACGAGAACCAAAGCAGCCACUGGGACUAUCUAGAGCACAAUGGGAUGAUUUUCACGCCCGAGUAUCAGCCCCAUGGCAUCCCGAUUAAAUUCAAGGGGGAGGUGGUGACGCUGACGCCUGACCUCGAGGAGGUCGCCACCUUCUGGGCGCAGUCCAUAGGCACGCCCUACGAGGAGAGCGACAUCUACAAGCGCAACUUCUGGGAGACCUUCUUAGGCAUGCUGCCCAAGGGGCACAUAAUCCGUACCCGACGCGGCCGCUUGACAGACUGCGACUUCUCAGACAUCAAAGCACACCUGGAGGCUGAGAAGGAGAAGAAAAAGGAGAACAAGGAGUACUACAAGGCAUUGAAGGAGGAGACGGCUAAGAAGGAGCACCGUUACGGAUACGCGCUUGUGGACUGGAUCCGCGAAAAGGUGAGCUCCAACCGGAUGGAGCCCCCAGGGCUGUUCAAGGGCCGCGGCCUGCACCCAAAGCAGGGCCUCUUGAAGGCGCGCAUCUUCCCUGGCAGCGUUAUUCUGAACGUUUCGAAGGAUGCGCCGGUGCCUAAGGUGGAGAUGUUCGAGCGUGACGGCCACUGCUGGGCGGAUGUGUUCCACGACAGCUCCGUGACCUGGCUGGCCUACUAUCGCGACUCGAUUAACGACCAAUUCAAGUACAUGUACCCCGCCGCACAGUCGAAAUUUAAAGGACUACACGACUUUUUGAAAUACAACAAGGCCCGUGAGCUCAAGAAACACAUCGAGACUGUCCGCAGGGACUAUCACGCCAAGAUGCGGUCGUCCGAUGUGGUGGAUCGCCAGCUCGGCACUGCCACAUACCUCAUCGACUUCCUGGCGCUUAGGGUUGGUGGCGAGAAGGAUGCGGAGGAGGCUGACACCGUCGGUUGCUGCAGCCUGCGCGUGGAGCACAUCAAGUUCAACAACAAACCGAACACCAUCACGCUCGACUUCUUGGGUAAGGAUUCGAUUCGCUACUUCCAGACAGUCACCAUCGACGAGGUGGCGUGCCGAAACUUGCAAGAGUUCUGCAAGAAGAAGCCCUCCCUGGAUAUCUUCGACAAGAUAAACACAUCGAAGCUAAACGAUUAUCUGAAGGAGCUCAUGGCAGGCCUGACGGCUAAGGUUUUCAGGACGUACAACGCGUCCGUCACAUUGUGCCGGCAACUGCGCAGGUUGCGCGUGCCCAAAUCGCUAGAACGCGGCGUGCUGCUGGAAAAGGGCGGCCUCGACGAGGAGCUGGACAAGCCGGUGUCCGUCGAUGUCGGCGACGUGACCGAGCUCAUAAGCUUCUACAACGAGGCCAACCGCCGCGUGGCCAUCCUUUGUAACCAUCAGCGUAGCGUGCCUAAGCAGCACGAAACGUCGAUGUCCAAGAUGCAGGCGCAGGCAGCGGCCUUAGAGGAGGACAUUGCCGAGCUCAAGGCCUACAUGAAAUAUCUGGAGGGCAAGCAGGACAAGCCGUUCAGCUUCAAGUCUAAGGCGGUCGACGCGAAGGGCAACCCCCGCAAGCCCGCAACGCGCCCAGGCAUGAAGCUAGAUUCGUGCCAGAAAAAGCUGGAGAUGGCCACAAAGCGCCAAAAAACCCACGCCAUCAAGAUGCGCAUCAAGGACGACAACAAAACCGUCGCCCUGGGCACCUCAAAGAUCAACUACAUGGACCCGCGCAUCACCGUGGCGUUUUGUAAACGGUACGAAGUGCCGAUAGAGAAGAUUUUCAACAAGAGCUUACGGACGAAGUUCCCGUGGGCCAUGUACGCCAGUGCUGACUACGUCUUCUAG